CAGCCACGGUUCGACAUUCAUACCGCUGUCUCGCAGCCGGGCAGGCGAUUUGCGUGUGUCUAAACCUCAUAUCACCACAGUGUGAUUGAUUUCCUGCUUAAAGGUAACAGGCUGUGGGCGAACGUGCAGCCAAAGCGUAGCUAAAGCCUAACCUCCAAAUGCGGUCUACCUAUGGCAACCACGACAUGACACUCGAACUCCAAGAGUCACUUCGCCAGCAUGCGGAUGGAGCUGGCCGACAAUCUUGAUGAAGGAAAAUGCAGGACCAAGAAGUAUGACGCUCCGAACUGUCGUACAGGCUCCUGGCAUGCAGCUCGACCAGUAAUCCAAAGGUCACAGCGAUGCUUCUGCUGUUCGACAGCAGAGACGGCAGUUUCUUCAGUAUCUGCAGAUUUCACGUUCAACGAUUCAGGUCGGCUCGAGAUUGCGGAACUCACGCGUAGCGUAGAACGCCAUUAAAG